AAGGAGCAUGUGAUUCAUCGUCAAUUGACAACCGAGUUUGACGUUUUGAAACAUAUGGUCCGCAUUUUUACCACUUAACCGUUUUCUUGGAUCGAGUGCGGAAGCAUUUUUAUUUUUCAACAGGAAUAUUCACAUUUAUCGCAGUUUAAAAAGCCCACCAAUAUGUCCGGCCGAGAGGGAGGAAAGAAAAAGCCCCUGAAGCAGCCCAAGAAAGACUCGAAGGAGAUGGACGAUGAUGAUCUCGCCUUCAAACAGAAGCAGAAGGAGCAGCAAAAAGCAUUGGAAGCGGCCAAGGAUAAGGCAUCGAAGGGUGGACCAAUGGGCAGCGGAGGGAUCAAAAAGUCUGGCAAGAAAUGAUCGAUCAUUAUCGCACAUUUGAAAAUGUGUAUUCUUUUUUAAUUAACUUUACCUACGAUAAGAUCCAUUCGGUUUGCUUGUGAAAAUAAAAUGCCUGUCAAAAGGGCGCCGUAUACUGAACCAUUUACUCAAUCUA